AUGCUGAGGAUGCUGUUGCUGAUGCUGUUGCUGAUGCUGUUGCUGAUGCUGUUGAUGCUGGUGCUGACGCACCAGAGGCUGCUCGAGAAGUACUUGUUGUUGAUGUCGUGGGCGCGUGGCUGCGGAAGCGCGUCUCACGCGCCGGUGGUGGUGGUACUGCGGCGGCCUCCAUGGGCGGGCCGCGCAGCCUGGAUUCCCGCUGUGGCGGGGGUGACGUUUGCUGUGGCGGGGUUGGCGUUCGCGUGCGGCCUGGCGCUUCGUUAUGAACGCCGCUGUCAUAUUCUUCAUCGGAGUGCCGGCGAGGUCGUGGUGCGGGCGGUGGUGCCGGCGAGAUCUGACCCCGCCCAAGGCUGGUCCAACAGUAGGUGUGGUGUGCACGUGUCUCCGGAGAGCGGCACCAGCGGACGAUGCCUCAUAGUGGGCUCGGGCGCGUGCCUCGGAAGCUUGUCUGAGUGCUUUGAGCUCGGCAGCGCGUGCUCGGUCGGCGGCACGGUCUUCAAAGUCGGCGAUGUCCUCAGGGGAGAGGGACAAAACUUUAUGCUGGUCCGUGACAGAGAUGAGGAUUGA